AGCCCAGUGCAUUGUGACGUGCUGCUCCAGACGAGUCCCCCCGCCGCGCUGCGCGAGUCCCGGAUCCGCGCGUUCGAAACGGACACGAGCCGGAAAAAGCCGCGAGGCCGCGAGCGAGGGAGUCGCAGCAGCAGCAGCGUCGCCGGUAUAAUAAAGCAACUCCCCACUGGAUGAGAAAAUCCUGCUGUGUCACGAAGAACCAUUUAGAAAAAUUUAGGUUUUUCUAAAAUAAAUCAACGUGUAGAUCACACAACAAGAAUAGAAUAACGAAUCAUCAAGCUUCUUCAGGAAUAGUCUGGCUAUUUUUCAACUCAAUUAAAUCCUGGUCAUUUUUCAAGAGAAAAAAAAUGAUGCAGGGUAUCUUUGGUAUAGAGAAAACAAAAUCAAUGCAGGAUAAUUCUGUCCAAGCACCAAUUCAUUCAAGUUCUGUUUCUUCUGACUCCAGUGAAGCUGAAAACCACUUGUAUGAAAAUCCUGAGGAAAAUAAAACUUCUAAAGUUCCACAAACCCAAUACAAAAGAUGGGUGACAGAAAAAAACCGAACCCAAAAGGAAAGUCAUGCAAGACCAAAUCUGUGCUCUACCGAUAAACCUUCCAUGAGAAAGAAUACAAGCAAAGUCGCUGGGUUGAACAAACAACAACAAAAUAAAAGGUGGAAAAAGUCUUCUAAGGUUGGAGGAAGAAAAAAUGCCGAUUUGAACACUGCACCCGAGCCAAAGUUUAAGGAUCGUGGACAGGAAUUCAGAGAAGAACCACAGUGGUAUACUGAGCCACUUUCGGACAAUGUAACCUCAGAUAAUUUAAAAAGCAAAUUAGAAACUGCUUACAAGAGUGGUUUACCUUCGUUUGAUACAGAUCUGUUAGAAAAGUUGCCAGCAUCCAUCAGGGAUCUAUGUAUAGCUGAUGGUUGUCCUAAAGACUAUCUCUGGACAGGUGCAUUUGUCGAUGGCCACUUUGUUGAUAUCCCAACAUUACUUGAUAAAACAGAGCUCAGUGAGAUUUUAGAUUGUUCUAAAACUAACCCUGAUUCAUUGGAUAAUCUUCAAAAAUCAGUAGAUCUCUUCUGUGAAGAAGAUGCUGAUCAAUCUUUGAUGGAUUCUUCUGGCUUUGAUUUUAAACAAGACAACGAAAAUCUUAACAUUGGAAAGAAAAAUGAAGAUUUAAUGCAGUUUGAAGGGGAACGUAAUGUAAUAUUGGAUGGAUUGAAUAUCUGGGAAGAUAGUCCAACAAUGGGUGGUGUGGAACAAAAUUCCCCAAUAGGUAUAUCCUGUACAAAUCAACUUGACUCUGAUCAAGUUAAAUUGUGGUUGUCAUCCACUACUGGUUCGUCUUUAAGUAAUAAGACAGGAAUUGUACCAUUUUGCAAAGAUUCUACACCUUUGUCAGACAAAGAUGAUGGCUGGCCUGAUCGCACGGAAGCCAUUGAAAAAGAUGCAUAUUUUUCAGUUAUAACAGAUCAAAAUGAUGCUGUAUUUUCUUGUGAAAAUAAUCCACGAAGUGUGAGUCCUUCAUUGCAGCAGAUUCAAACUUCAGCAUUAAAAGCCACCAAAGAUAAGAAUCCUGUUCAAAAUGAACCCAGUUUUUCGAAUAUUUUCAGAGAAGACUGUGGUUCUUGGUCAGUUUUGUGUAAAUCUGGUAAUAGAAUUUCCCCUUUCACUUUAAGAAAUAUUGAGUCAGUAACAUUUCCCAUUGAGCUAAAUGUAAACAUGACAACCGGCAUCCCAACUGCAUGUUCGGAGGAUGACCUGCUCAGUUUGCUCCCUGGCAGUGAAUAUCUACAAUUAGAUGACAGCUUUUUAAUUGAACUUCCAGUCAUGACUUCAAAAGAAAAAAUGGACAUCACAAAAUAUAGUGCUCAAGCAGACAAGAUUGAAACAGGAAAAUGGAAUCCAAUUUUUGGAAUUUGUCAAGAGAACCUUUCUGAAAAAAAGGAUGAUUUAAAUGCCAGAGUAAUUGAAGAGAUUUGGAAAGCAACACCAGAGGAAGAUAAAGCAGCAUUUUCAGAAGAUGUGAUCAAUAUUGACACAUGUCAUAGUUGUUCCUUAGGAACAGAGUCACCUCUGAAACAUGUAAAUGCUACAAAACUUCAGAAAUGCCCUCUCCAAAAAUCAGAAAGUAUUUUCUGGGAGGGUAAACUGGGAAGCUCCAAAAUUUUGGAUUCUGCAAAUGUUGACAUGACAAAACACUGUAGUGAGUGGAAAACUGAUAGUGAUCGUACUGAUGUUUCAGUUACAGACGGUAUUGAACAUAUAACGAGUAACCCAAAAGAGAGUGAAUUUUCAUCUGAGAACACCUUUUUGAAACCUACAACCACUCCUAGUAAAUCGGAGCCCAACAGAUUUGCUGCAGAUCAGAAGCCCUUGAUAAUUUGUGAUACGCAACAAAAUGCCAAUGAAGAAUCUACAGAGCAAAACACAACUAAUGACAUUUCUAUAGUCCUACCUGAAGAUUUGUGGGGAAAUUUAAAUGAUUAUCUAAAUGACUCCACAGAGCCCAACGAGAGUGCUUUCCUCCCCUUUGAACUCAAUUGUCCUGUUCCACAAAUGCUUAGCCUGACCAGUGCAUUGGAAAUUGACAGUGGCAAGAUGAACCAACAGUCCAGCAUUAUACCCAAAGUCAGUUCAGAUUUAAUAAUUGCCAACAAUGACAGAUUACAAAGUCCAAUACAUCAAGAUCAUGUGAGCAUAGCACGACAGACCAUAUAUCCCAACUCCAAACAAUUAUAUCCAAAGGAAGUGAUUCUUACACGAUUGGAGGAGAAUCCUGUUCAAAACACAGAAAGCAAUUAUCCCCAGCAUCAAUAUGGAUAUGUAGUGAUGUCAGAUAAUUCUAUUUCUGUGUUAAGUAAAGAGAAAUCUAAGUGCAAAAGUGUUUCCAAACAAGAUAAGCAGAUUAUGCAAGUGGAAACUGAAAGAAAAUCUUAUAAAGAAACUGAUCAGGGUACAAGCAGUUUAAUAUCAGUGGAUGCUGACGAAGAUCAACUGAAUUUUCUCCAGGGACGAUCACAGGAAAUGCAUUCAGAACAUGGUGAUGCUAAGAUGUCUUAUGAAACUGCAAAUCUUAAUGCAUCUAACGCAAAAAUGAAAGUAGACGAUGAUCUACAGCAUUCAAGAGGCAGAAUAAGUCAAGAGGGGCUUGAACAAUGCAAAGAAAGUAGCUCGAUUCCUUGCAGUCAUUUAGAGGGUUCCCCACCUGAAUCAGAAAGAUCCAAGGAAUGUAUUGGAGAAACCUGUUGCUCACUUCCUGACGGUCACCUUUCCACAAAAAAUACAGAUUGCUGCAGAAAUUCUAGUAUUACCACAACCUCCAUAGAUGUCAAAUCUCUACAUGAAGAACAAAUUCUCACGAGGCAUAAUGAAACAGAUGUAAGCCCAGAGGAUCCGAAUACAGAUCAAAAACUCAGCAGAAAUGUAAAGGAUUGUAAAACAUAGGGGUACAUUAGAAGAAACCAUGGUUGUUUUAAAUUAUAAUUUGGUUUAUUUUUUCCCCCACCAGAAAGAACAGCUUCCAUUAAAGGGACUGCCUAUUCAGCUCAAAGAAACUCAUGUAUUGUUCAUGGUUACUAUGGUUUCUUAGAGAAUCUGUAAAUUAGGCAAUUCUAAAUAGUGUGAUACCUAUCACUGAAUGGAAAAGAAAACUAAAUUCACUUUGCUGUUUCCAGUAUUUGUGAUUGUUUGGUGGGUCCAGAACAGAUUACCUGUUCAGAAAGAUUACUCACAUUUAAAGUAGAAUAUGUACCGCAAUUUAUAAAAUCUUUGUCAACUAAUAACUUUUCUUUAGGAGAUGAGGUUCUGGCAAAAUCUGAUUUUUAUUUAUUAGUGCCAGCAAAAACAAAAACUUGUUUAAAUUGCCUGGCACAAUUAGUUAUAUUUAUAAGUAGAUUGAUUGGGCUUCAUGGUAUGGGUGUUUGUAAUAAUUCUACAGUCCAAGAAUUUAACUGCAACAUUAAUUGUUAAUAAUCAGAUAUUUUCACUUAACAGUUGCACCACACAAUGCUUCAAAUAAAAGAAAUCUAAAGAAUGUCUCAAUUCUUAGCGCAUUACAGGUGUUCUCAGUUGUGCAAAGGCCAUCUGUAAUUAUUCUAGCUUUUUGUGAUUGAUUUGAAUAUUUCACACUUCCUGCAAAAUCUUACAUGCUGCAGCGUCAUGUAUUUUAUCCAUUUUUAUACUUCUAAAAGUACUAAAGAAAGAGUGAAUUAUUAAAAAGCUAUUUUAAUCCUUUAGUCAUUUGCUGGUUCUAAAAUGUAGAACAGAAAUAUUUACUUUGUAUUAGUAUUUUUAGGUGUGUUAUGCCAUUUGUCAUUUUCAUCUAGGUUCUAUUUGAGUAAUAUAUUUUUAUACUGUGUUCAGUAGCUGACUAGCAUAUGGAUAAAUAUACUUGAUAAUGUAGUGUUGCAUAUGUUAAGUUUUAUUGUACCUAUACUUAAUUAAGCCAUGAACCCAAAUUGGACUUGGAAGUAACACAACAUCCUAUCUUUAUAAUGCAUUGGCAUUAAAUAUAUAAGACUUGGCAAUUGCAUAAGCCGGGUACCUGAAACCCAUGCCCAUUAUACAAAAUUUGGCAAAUAAGCCACAUUGUGAGUUUGGCUUGGUGAGUCAAUAAAAAGUUUGGAGCAAAAUGUUAAACUGCUUAAAUUAUUUGGCACGUAAUUAAAACCCAUUGAUGUACAACAUCUUCGUACUUAUGGCAAACAUUUGGGUUAUUGUAAUUUGUUAACCUGACAUAGUAUGUAAUUGUUGUGAAACAAGUGCCCAUACUUGUUUUCAUUAAUAUUCUUUUAAUGGUGCUUAUUCAUCUUCUGUCAAGAAAGAAAAUGUAGGCUUAUAGCUUCAUGCCUAAGGACCAUUUUCAUGCGCGUAUAAACUAGUAACUGUGUAUGGUUCAAGUUAUAAAAGUUUUCUUUUUCGUUGAACCAUAUUCAGUGACAAUUUCUUAGUGCCUUUUUAUUUUUAUUUUUUUGUUCGUACAUACUUUAUAAAAAUAAAUGCAUGUUAUUGCUGUUGUGGGAAACUAUGUGGGGGGGUGGGGGAGGGGGUUGGUAUCCCCGACUCAUGCUGGUAUUUCACUUUUCAUACAUUUCCUCAAGUCUUGACAACCUAUCAUUUCUCACUUGUUCAUGGAGAACUUUACCACUCUUGGUUACAUGUAUGUCAUUGGACUUUUUGACCAUAGAGGACUUUGCAGCUGAAUCCAUUGGUGCCCUAACCUAACAUCCACACACAUGCACUUUUCCGUCUGUCAAAAAGUAGCAAGAUUACUUCUCUCCCCCCCCCCCCCCCCCCCCCCCCAACCACCUACCCCUGUCUCGUCCCUCACAAAUCUAUACAUAUAUGCUGAAUCCAAUUGGAGAAUCUAUACUGCCACCUCACUCUGAGGUCAGAUAGUUCUGGCCUGGAUUGAACAGAGCGCCUGUCUGGUAAGGGUAAAUUUCUAUUUAACAGUAUCAGAAUUUUACUGUAAUAUUGCCAGCUGUUAUUUAUUUACACAUUGGGGCUGUGCUAAGAUUAAGUAGUAGUGAAGUUUUCCGAUGUAUUCAAAGAUACAAAAUAGUUAACAAUGUACUCAAGUACUUUAUAAAAUGACAUGGUGAGAGUUGACCGAUUUGCAUUUCUAUUUAUAUUAGGUUCCAUCACUGACCAAUUUUCUGAUUCAAUUGAUUAAAGACAUCUGGGUGCAGGUUUUCUUUAAAGAUCUCUAUUGAGUGAAAUCUUAACAGACCUUGCAUUUUAUCUAAAGGAAAAAAAAUCAAGAAAUCUGCAUUUACUAAUUCUGCAUAAAUGCAAUGUUGGCAGAAUUGUAACUAGAGGUUGUAGAUAGAUGCUGGUAAAUAAUGGCAGAAUGUUUUUGAACAUCUAGAGCUGAUCCUGCAUUUUCUUAGCUAAGGAAAGCAGCAUAAACAUAUAGUAACAGUCUUCAUAAAGCAAGUUACUUAUAAACACCAUAAAGAAAAUCCCUUAACUUGUAGCUGCUUUUGAAUGCUCUGACUACAGAACUUGUUUGCCAAAAGUUAUUUUCUGAAUUUAGUUUUGUAAUUUAGUGCCACAGAAUAUAGUCAAAACAUGCAUUAUCCAUUAAAAUAAUAGCUAUUAUGCACAUACAAUAUCUGUGUUUGAUUUUAUAUCUUUAAAGGAUGUGCUGAUUGUAUUCUGUGGAUUUUUGAUUGAAUGCAUUUUUACUGGAUACUGUUUCAUUGUCAAACAUUUUGCAUAACAAAAUAAAAUCAGUGUUAACUAAU